UCUUAUUUGAGAAAAAAACUGUUUUUGGACCUAAUUUUAUGGGAAAAGAAUUCAGUUAUCUGUUCUUGUUUUUAAAAACUAAGAAUAUUCAAUAUCAUUAACAAACGAAUGUGAAGUUGUUUAUUUUAUGCUGCACAUUUAUGCAUACAAUAAACUUUUCUUACAUUAUUCAUUUUUAGUUUUUAUUGAUUCUACCAGCGUUCAUUGAUUCAGCAUUUUAAUUACAGCAUGAAUCAAACAAUUAUUACAGAAAAUGGUUUUGGUCUAAUAGGAUCAGAAAUCGUUCGUAGAUAUACAUUAAUCAAUAAAAAUCAAGCAUCAGUCACAUUGAUUACUUGGGGAGCAGGAAUCCAAUCGAUUAAAAUUCCAAACAAGCGUGGAGCUAUUGGUGACGUAAUCCUAGGCUGGGAUGAUCUUCAAGGUUAUCUUGACAAUCGAUAUAUCGGAAGAACUAUUGGUCGAGUGACUAAUCGAAUUUUCAAUGGCGCCGUUUCGAUUGGCGAUAAACAAUUAUCCUUAUCGAAAAAUUAUGAAAAUAAGCAUCACCUUAAUGGAGGAUUUCUAGCAUUUGACAAUGUUAAUUGGGAUUCUCACGUCCUUGAUAAACAAGUGGUAAUGUCUCAUUUAAGCCGAAAUGGAUCGGAAGGAUAUCCUGGAGAUAUGUUAAUUCAAGUAAAAUACACGUGGACUGAUGAUAAUGAGCUCCAAAUAGUCAUUCGAGCCACCUGUACUCAACCAACACCUGUUGAUAUCAGCAAUUGUUAUUUCUUGAAUCUUGCUGGUCAUGGAACAGGACCAGAAGAAUUGGAAAAACACACGGUGACAAUAAAUGCAGACAAAUUAGCGGAUAUUGAAUACAAAGAAAUGAUCCCUACUGGAAAAAUUUAUCCUGUUGCUGACACGGUUUUUGAUCUUCGUAUUCCAAAGCAGAUGACCAAACAAGUCUUGAGAAAAGCUUGUGGGGGUGGUUUCAAUCACAAUUUUUGUGUUAAUUGUCCUAGUGUUUGCAGUUAUAGAUUUCAUGCUAGAGUAUCCCAUGCAGAAUCAGGAAGAUAUGUUGAAUAUUAUUCUAACCAACCAAGUCUUCAUUUUUCAACUGGGAAUCAUUUUCCAGCACGAAACUUAAUAACUGGAGAUACUGAUGAAUCAGGAGAAGAAAAAAAUAAUGGUUUAUAUGGAAAAGGUGGAAUUUUAUACCAAAAGCAUGGUGCAUUUGCCAUUUCUCCUCAAAAUUAUCCUAAUUCUAUCAGCCAUAAUCAUUUUCCUUCAAGUAUACUCUUUCCGGGACAAGUUUAUUAUCAUGAGAUUGCAUUAAAAUUUGGUAUAAUAAAUGAAAAUCAAUUUUAAUCAUUUAAAUGUUAAUGCCAAUCACAAAACUGUUAUUUUCUUUAUUAUUAUCAUCAACUCUUCAUCUGUAUAUUAAAAUAAUAAAAUUAAUA